AUGCGACCGCGCGUCAUUCGUUUACCCCUUCGUCAAGGAGUUUUCCUGUCGGUCAUAUAUGACAAAUUAUUUUGUAUAUUUACUUUUGACAAGGUGCCGUUUCAAACGAGAGAAUGCAUUUCGAUACACAUCGGUCAGGCGGGUGUGCAAAUGGGAAAUUCUUGCUGGGAAUUGUAUUGUUUAGAACACGGAAUUCAAUUGGAUGGUAUCAUGCCUUCGGAUAAAACGAUCGGAUCGAGCGAUAAUUGUUAUUCGACAUUUUUUGCCGAAUCCGCCAAUGGAAAACAAGUACCCCGUGCCAUUAUGGUGGAUUUGGAACCGACCGUGAUAGACCAAGUUAGAAAUGGAGUGUACAAAAAAUUAUACCAUCCUGAACAGUUGAUAUCGGGUAAAGAAGAUGCUGCUAAUAAUUAUGCCAGAGGACACUACACCGUCGGAAAAGAAGUUAUUGAUACCGUGACUGAUAGAAUUAGAAAAUUGACGGAUCAAUGCACUGGCCUCCAAGGAUUUUUUGUCUUUCACAGUUUCGGUGGAGGUACCGGAAGUGGUUUCACCGCCUUAUUGAUGCAAAAAUUAGCUGACGAAUUUGGUAAAAAGAGUAAAUUAGAAUUUGCCAUAUAUCCAGCCCCUCAAGUAUCGACUGCAGUAGUAGAACCUUACAAUGCAAUUUUAACCACUCACAACACAAUCAACAAUGCCGAUUGCGCUUUUAUGGUUGAUAAUGAAGCCAUUUACGACAUUUGUAGAAAACGACUCGGAAUCGAACGACCCAGUUACGGAGAUUUGAAUAGAUUAAUUAGUCAGGUAGUUUCGUCUUUAACCGCUUCGCUAAGGUUCGACGGAGCAUUGAAUGUAGAUUUGACAGAAUUUCAAACCAACUUGGUUCCCUAUCCGAGAAUUCACUUCCCCCUUGCGACUUAUGCUCCCGUUAUAUCCGCCGAUAAAGUUUUUCACGAGGGAAUGACGGUUGCGGAAAUCACGGCGCAAUGUUUCGAUCCGGUCAAUCAAAUGGUCAAAUGCGAUCCCAGGGAUGGAAAAUACAUCGCUUGCUGUUUGUUAUACAGGGGAGACGUCGUGCCCAAAGACGUCAACGCAGCCAUAGCCGCAAUGAAAAAGAAAAGCGCAGUCAGAUUCGUUGAUUGGUGUCCCACGGGAUUCAAGGUCGGAAUCAAUUAUCAACCGCCCACCGUCGUUCCGGGAAGUAAUUUGGCGACAGUUCAAAGAGCCGUUGCAAUGUUAUCCAACACGACAGCCAUAGUCGAAGCUUGGGGAAAAUUAAAUCAAAAAUUCGAUCUCAUGUACAACAAAAGAGCUUUCAUUCAUUGGUUCGUGAGCGAAGGUUUGGAAGAAUGUGAAUUUAGCGAAGCGCGAGAAGAUUUGGCAACAUUAGAAAAAGAUUACGAAGAACUAUCGAAUGAUGACGAUGUUAUAUUAAGAGCUUCACACCAUAAAAGCGACGAUUUAUAA